CUGCCCAAUCCGACUGAGGGACAUGAACGGCCUCCGCCACUCCCACCAAAGCCUCAAAUCAUGAACGCGGCUUCGAAUGGAACAAGCUCGGGGUCGGGGUCACAUAAUGCCCUGCUGUAUCCAGCACCGCCAAUGAAUUGGGUGCAGUAUGCUGAAGCCGCGAAUGCUCAAUAUAAUGCAGACAACGACUAUUACGAAGGAUACGACUAUAACAGACACAAUUAUGGAUAUGGAUACGGAAACGGUGGUGAACUAACACCAAAUGCAGCCCGAUCUAAUGGACACAGCGAUGAAGACUAUUUUGCGAAUCCUUAUUCGCCGAAUUCACCAAACCCGUCUGCCAAUUAUUAUGCACAACAAACACAGAAUGGAUAUGGCGUGCAUCGGCACGGCUCCAUAGGGAGUAACAUGCAACGACCAGCGAGCUACGCGGGAGGAACAGCUUCUGCUACAAGCUCGUUUGACUUGAGUGGAGGAAGCAUCGCCUUUCCCGAACCAGAGCUCCAUCGCAGCCUGUCUCAGCGUGCACACGCCCCAUCAAGUCUGCGACGAUUGCCACACCAAUCUAUAAGCGACGUUGGACCCGCAUUGACACUCCAGCGAACUGAUACGCGUUCCUCCUAUGCUCCAUCACUGCAGUCCCAGGAUUCUACGGAUGCACUAACGGAGGAGUUAUCAAAUUUGACGUUGGAGUCCGAGGAAGGAUUGACUAGAUUCCAAAAAGGAGAGCUUCCACCCAAUAAUGAAGAAUGGCAUCUGCUAGUACCCGAGACUGCGCGUGAAGCUCUCGGCGAAAAGGAGGUUCAGCGUCAAUCCAUACUGUUCGAGAUUUUCAAAUCUGAGAGAGAUUAUGUUCGCGACCUCGAGGUUGUCUUCGAUGUCAUCGUCGAUCCGUUACGAUCGAGUAAUGCUUUCAAAGAUGGUCAAGCGGAAGAUUACAUUCAUAAUGUCUUCUGGAAUAUUAGCGACGUGCUCUCGUAUCAUCAACGCAUGCUAGGUUCUCUCUUUGCGCGACAGCGAGAUCAACAUCCUCUUAUCCAGAGUGUAUCAGAUAUUAUCCUUGAAACUGUCCUUCAAUUUCAGCCAGCGUAUGAAGAAUAUAUUAAACACUACCCUCUUGCUGAGGCCCGUCAUCGCACAGAGAUCAAACGCAACCCCGCCUAUACCAAGUUUCUCCAGGAUGUUGCACAAGAUCCACGUAUCCGUAAACGCGAUCUUGUUACUUUCAUCUCUCGUCCCGUUACUCGCCUCCCACGGCUAUCCCUACUUCUCGAGACUCUCUUGAAGAAAACGGACGACGAACAUCCGGAUAGGGAGUCAUUGCCGCUGAUAACCAAUAUACUGGGUGACUUCGUGAAGAGCACACAGCCUGGUAUCGAGGCAGCGGAGAGCAAAGUCAAGUUCUGGAACGUGAUGGAGAAUUUGCGAUUCAGGAGUGGCGAAAUCAUCGACCUUGACGAACAGGACGAAAGCCGGACAUUGGUCCACUCGCAGACUCUUGCAAGAAGAUUGCGGUCUGAGAUUGAUUGGCACGGCUGGAAUGAUUUCUUUGUCGUUCUUCUCGAUCACUAUUUAUUAAUUACCCGUGAACAUAAACGGCCAGGCAGCGUAAGAUAUGAAGUUGUUUCACGACCGAUCCCUCUUGAAUAUCUUCGACUCGGUCAAUUUGAUCAACCGUCGGAAAACCGGAAAGAUAGGUCUGAGGAGGGCGGCCUCCUUGAUAGCCUACGAUACCAGACACGCCAACAAUACCCAUUUACUAUAUACCAUGCGGCAGCGAAAGCAUCGCGUCGCUAUACGCUAUAUACCAAUACUGAGGCUGCUCGUCGGAAGUGGCGCGAUGUCCUGACGGAGACGAUGGCGAUUCACCAGGCCAGGCAAGACGCCAAUAAAUGGUUCGCGCCAAGUACAAUUGAUGAUGGUGUGUUCCGUGUACGAAGUCCACGAAUACCUCUGUCGUCUACGGAGCUUUUUACGGGAGCUAUCACCGCUGCAGCCACUUUUGUCAGCGGAGGGAAGAACUUUUUCAUUGUUGGCACCGAAGGCGGUGUUUACGUAUGCAUGAGAGGAGAACCGAACUUCCGACGUGUCCUCAGCUUCCAAAAUGCCUCUUUCAUUGCUGCGCUGCAACAGCACAAUAAGAUAAUAAUUCAUACUGAUGCACUUUUGCUUUCCUACUCGAUGGAUAUCAUGGCGCGUGUAAGCCAGGAUAACUCCCCGCCAAACGCGCUCGAUGCGUCUGUAGAGAAGAUAUCUGGACAAGAUAACGUCAUCUUAGCGAAAGUUGGCUUUGUUAGAGAUCGUACUAUCGUUGCAUAUGCUUCAAAGAGCUUUAGGCAGACUACUGUGCAUACGUUUGAAGCUGCCCAACAACCAACCAUUUCGCGCUCGCGUCCUGGUAAAUCGUCGUCAUUCAGGCCAUUCGGGAAUCCUUUCUACGUGCCACGGUCAGCUAAUGAGAUGACCAUGCUAUCAAAGACGAUUGCUGUCGCGGGCGAUAAAGGCAUAACAAUCGUAGACCCAACCAACUUGUCUAGUUCUGCGAUGUUGGUUGUGCCGGAUUUCACAAAUGCCUCUUCGGACUCGAAAGUUGCUGGCUUGAAAGAACGGUGCGACGACUCGAAGCCUUUGGGUCUGGCUCGCGUUGAUAGAGAUGAAAAUAUGGUUAUAUACGAAGACUUCGCCUGUUACAUUGAUCGACACGGUCUCCCACGUCGGGACGCCGCGAUUGUCAGAUGGGAAUUCAAAGCCGUCCGCUUCGCGGAACGACAAUCCCACAUCCUACUCUUCAGCACGGACUUUGUCGAGGUUCGACACAAGGCAACGGGACAACUUGUACAAGUUAUCGAAGGUUCCGACGUACGACUUCUCAAUGCCGGGUUCUCAAAUCCUAAUUCCAACUCCGGUGCCGUGCAAUCUGAUAAUGCAUCAGUUGUUAGCGGUGAUGAUCAGGGGACGACGCUGGAUAGUGUGCCAAUACUUAUGGCGAGAAGGGGGAAGAAACAUGACGUACAUGGACAGAGCAUUGAGCUGUUGGAACUUGUUAAGACGACACCGAUUGGUAAUACGACAACGCCUGUGACUGCUUUGCCGAAUAAUCAGGUUUGGGGAGAAUGGGAUAUGAGGUAAUGGAAAUUUUAUGUGUGUGGA